AUGGUUCGAGUGACGCUUCCCUUUCUAAAGCACCAUUACCAGAAGUUGGUUCACUCACCCGUACCAACUCCUGCGGCGAUCGGCUGCCCCGAACUUCGUGACGACGCCGUUUUUUGGUUCGCCCAACUUAGAUCUCAGCACUCCGCAGCUCUACCGACGGCCCGCCGUAACGACAAUAAUCCAACACAAGGAAUUCCGGUGGUGCACAGAUGCCUCGUUGUCCUUCCAGGAUUCGAUACUUCGAUAGGUAGGACUUGGGAUCUUCGAUCGUACUCAUUCCAUCGGCCUGACAAUAGAGUGAUGCAUAACCGCUUGGAUCCGCGAGGCGAGGCCCGAGCUGCAGGAAACCAAGAUCAUCCUUGCGAUCCGUUGGCCGCAGUGGAUCCUUGUCCCCCUACAGGAUAUGAAUUACGACCGGAUCUCGUGCGAAUUAGUGAGGAUGAUAGUAGGGAGAGGGAUGACAAGGAAUGCGAGGAACGCCGAGGAUGGAAGAGAGGAGGUAGAGCCGGAAUGUCGCUAGACAGGGAUCGCUAA